GGCAGGGAAUUGGCGGCGGCGUGCAGCCAUUUCCGGUUUCGGGGAGGUUGGAGGGGUGCGGUGCGGGACUUGGAGCCGCUGCAUCCUCGGCCGCCGCUUACGGAUCCUGCCUUGCGCCUAGUGCUGCCGGGACGAUGCGGACGGAGCCCGGAGGGUGCUGCUGCCGUCGCCCGCUGCGGGCGAACGACUGCGUGGCGAACGGGGAGGUGCGCAACGGGUACGUGAGGAUCAGCGCCGCUACUGCCGUAGCCGCUGCCGGCCAGAUACAUCAUGUUACACAAAAUGGAGGACUAUAUAAAAGACCAUUUAAUGAAGGUUUUGAAGAGACGCCAAUGCUGGUUGCUGUGCUUACUUAUGUGGGGUAUGGUGUCCUCACUCUCUUUGGAUAUCUUCGAGAUUUCUUAAGGCAUUGGAGAAUUGAAAAGUGUCACCAUGCAACAGAAAGAGAAGAACAAAAGGACUUUGUGUCAUUGUAUCAGGAUUUCGAAAACUUCUAUACAAGGAACCUCUACAUGAGGAUUAGAGACAACUGGAAUCGGCCCAUCUGCAGUGUGCCUGGGGCCAGGGUGGACAUCAUGGAGAGACAGUCUCAUGAUUACAACUGGUCGUUCAAGUACACAGGGAAUGUAAUUAAAGAUGUUAUAAACAUGGGUUCCUACAACUAUCUUGGGUUUGCACGGAAUACUGGACCAUGUCAAGAGGCAGCUGCCAAAGUCCUGGAGGAAUAUGGAGUUGGAGUGUGCAGCACUCGGCAGGAAAUUGGAAACCUGGACAAGCAUGAAGAACUAGAGAAGCUUGUGGCAAGUUUCUUGGGAGUGGAAGCUGCUAUGACAUAUGGCAUGGGAUUUGCAACAAACUCAAUGAGCAUUCCUGCUCUUGUUAGCAAAGGUUGCCUGAUUCUGAGUGAUGAGCUGAACCAUGCAUCAUUGGUUCUAGGAGCCAGACUCUCAGGAGCAACCAUUCGAGUCUUCAAGCACAACAAUAUGCAAAGCCUAGAGAAGUUGUUGAAAGAUGCCAUUGUUUAUGGUCAACCUCGGACACGAAGGCCCUGGAAGAAAAUUCUAAUCCUUGUGGAGGGAAUAUAUAGCAUGGAGGGAUCUAUUGUUCGCCUUCCUGAAGUGAUUGCCCUUAAGAAGAAAUACAAGGCAUACUUGUAUCUAGAUGAAGCUCACAGCAUUGGGGCUCUGGGCCCUACAGGACGAGGUGUGGUGGAUUACUUUGGCCUGGAUCCUGAGGAUGUGGACAUUAUGAUGGGAACAUUCACAAAGAGCUUUGGUGCUUCUGGAGGAUACAUCGGAGGCAAGAAGGAGCUGAUCGACUAUCUGCGGACACAUUCUCAUAGUGCAGUGUACGCCACAUCACUGUCACCACCUGUUGUGGAGCAGAUCAUCACUUCUAUGAAGUGCAUCAUGGGGCAGGAUGGCACCACCCUUGGCAAAGAGUGUAUCCAGCAGUUAGCUGAAAACGUCAGAUAUUUCAGGAGACGUCUGAAAAAUAUGGGCUUCAUCAUCUAUGGAAAUGAAGAUUCUCCAGUGGUGCCUCUGAUGCUCUACAUGCCAGCCAAAAUUGGCGCCUUUGGACGGGAGAUGCUAAAGCGGAAUAUCGGUGUAGUUGUGGUAGGAUUUCCUGCUACCCCAAUCAUUGAGUCCAGAGCCAGGUUUUGCCUGUCAGCAGCUCAUACCAAAGAAAUGCUUGAUACUGCUUUAAAGGAGAUAGAUGAAGUCGGGGACCUAUUGCACCUGAAAUAUUCCCGUCAUCGGUCGGUACCUCUAUUGGACAGGCCCUUUGACGAGACUACAUAUGAAGAAACAGAAGACUGAGCCUUUUGGUGCUCCCCUAAAGGAACUCUCCCUCACCCAGGAGAGUGUGUGGCCUUUCCAGUCCAGUUGCAGGAACCACACUUCUUGUGCAAGAGAUUUCCUCAACUACUGACGGUGGCCCCCUCCACUCUAAAUGAUAUUUUGUAAAUAGUGAAAAACUGCUUCACAUCCUUCCUUUGCUACAUCACCUUUAAAAAAGGAGGUGACUCACUUUGCUUCUUUGUCCAUUAAAAAAAUGUUUUAUUUUAUAAC